AAUCAAACAUCAGAAAUAUAAAAUAUUCAAAACAAAAAGAAAACAAUUCUUUUUCGGAAAAAAAUAUUUUUGGACCGUAACGUUUCAUAAAUAGGUAAUCCUGAAACUACUGCGAAACCUACACAUACACACAAUUAAAUUCUUCCUAUGCAUACAAUAAUUGCACUUCUGUGAAACCUCAUAUAAGAAAUAUGUAUGUAUGUUCAAGUAACGAAGAAACUCCAAGUUCAAAAUUGUAUAUCCUGUUGAAGUUCUACAAUAGAAUGAAGGUCUCAUCCUCUCAGCAGUCUUGCCACUCCCUCCACAAAAAAUGUAAUUCAAGAUAUUUCUUUAAAAUCUGGUACAAUCAUCAAAAGAUUUGGAGUAAUUGAUUUAAAGUAGUUGUGCCUAUAGCCAUUCAUGACAAUGGCGGCAGCACAAGACCUUAGAUGGGUUCGGAGAAUCAUAUUUCUUGUACCAUUACUCCAAUUGAUUGCUACAAUUGACGGUCUCAAACGAGAUGAAGUUCAAUUCAAUUGUCCAACUGAAGGACUAUUUGCCAAUGAAACCGACUGUCGCUUAUACUACAGAUGUGAAGAAAAAAUAUUUCCGAAUCAAGAACAAAGUUACAUUAAACCGUACGCUUUCAAAUGCAAAGAUGGAUCGGUAUUCUCGAAAGUACUAAAAAUAUGUGUUCCCCCGAUGAUAUCUGGACGUACAGAAUGUUUAAAUUACAUGAAUGAAAUCGACAAUGAGAAUGACAUUAUGACAGCAGCUUCUCCACUGCGAAACUUUGGUAUUGGUCUAAGUGGUGUUUCUAUUAUAUCAAUGUCAACAUCAUCAUCAAGGGCAUUGGCAGAUGGAUCUGUCGACCCUUUGCCAUGUGAAGAUGAUGGAUUCAUGACCGAUCCAGAAGAUUGUACCGUAUUUUAUAGAUGCAUUUCGAAUGGUCGAAGUUACAAUAAAAUUGGAUUCCGUUGUGCUGAUGGAACAGCUUGGGAUGAAACAUUACAGUCGUGCAAUCACAUUGAAGAAGUUCGUGCAGGUGGUGGAUGUGCAAGAAUGGACAGUGAUAAAAUUACCAAAGAUCAAUCAUCAAGCUCUUGGUCGAAUUCAACAAGUAGCAAUUCCUCGUCAUCUUCAACUUCAUCGUCGUCUUCGUCAUCUUCACAGAACAGCUCUAGUCAAAGUAAUCAAUCGUCAUCGUCUUCAACAGAGAGUUCAUCGAGUAGUCAUCAAUCUUCAUCAUCAUCUUCAACAAAUAACAACAACAACAACCAAACAGGUUCCAAUCAAUCUUCAGCAAACAAUCAAACCUCAUCAAAUACCGGAAGUAGCAACCAAAAUGCAUCAAACAAUCAAUCCGGUUCUUCUAACCAACAGAGUUCAUCAAACUCAAACAAUCAAUCGGGUUCAUCAAGCAACAAUAAUGCUGCCAAUCAAAGUUCAAAUCAAUCCAGUUCAUCAGGCAAUCAAAACUCAUCAAACAAUCAAACCUCUUCAAACAAUCAAUCGAACUCAAACAAUCAGAACCAAAAUGCAUCUAACAACCAAUCGGGUUCAUCAGCCAGUAAUAACAACUCUGGAACAAACCAGAACUCGAACAGUCAAUCCAGUUCAUCGAAUCAUGGUUCUAAUCAGUCAAAUUCAUCAAACAACACUGAUUCCAAUCAAACUUCCUCAAACAAUCAAUCUGGUUCAUCAAACAAUCAAAAUACUGCAUCAAACACCACGAAUUUAGAUUCGUCAAACAAUCAAUCGUCUAACUCUACAGGAACACCAGUCGGAAAUUGUGAAUCGGAAAGUACUUAUUUAGCAGAUGCAAACGAUUGUGCCAAAUUUUACAGAUGUGUAGAUAAUGGAAGUGGUGGUUAUGAUAAAGUUCCAUUCAGUUGUGGUCCUGGAACUGUUUGGGAUCCUAGUUCAAAUGGAUGUAACCAUCCAAAUUCGGAACAAGCUGAAAAAUGUAGAACUGCUGGAGCUGGUAGUGAGUCAACAGGUCAAUCUUCAAGCAAUCAAUCAUCAAACAAUCAAUCAUCAAGCAAUCAAUCAUCAAACAAUCAAUCUGGUUCAUCCAACAAUCAAUCCUCAAACAACCAGUCGGGAUCAUCCAACAAUCAAUCUUCGGCUAAUCAAUCAUCAAGCAAUCAAUCAAACUCUAACAAUCAAAGCUCUUCCAAUCAAUCAGGAAAUCAAGGUUCCCAAAGCAACCAAGGCAAUCAACAAUCGAAUUCUAGUCAAUCUUCAAGCAAUCAAUCAAACAACCAAGGUUCAAACAACAACCAGUCUGGAAGCAAUCAGAGUUCGAACAAUCAGCAAUCUUCAGGAAGUAGCCAAAAUUCAUCAAGCAAUAACAAUCAACAAGGAUCAUCAACUUCAUCGAAUAACCAAGGAAACAAUCAACAAUCGUCGAACAACAAUCAAAACUCAAACCAAUCGUCUAGCAAUAAUCAAACAUCCCAGGGAACUUCCAACUCUCAAAAUUCUAAUCAAACUGCCGGAAACCCAGCUGGAGAGUGUGAAAAUGAAACUAAUUAUCUAGCUGACCAAAAUGAUUGCACAAAGUUCUAUAGAUGUGUUGAUAACGGUAGUGGUGGAUAUGACAAAGUUCCAUUUACUUGUGGUCCGGGUACAGUUUGGGAUCCAGAAACGCAGGCAUGCAACCAUCCAUCUGAAGAUCAAUCGAAGAAAUGUGCUGCUAUGUCAUCAUCUUCAAAUAACCAGGGCAGUUCUUCAUCUUCUUCCAACCAAUCUUCUGGUAACUCAAAUAGCAAUCAAUCAUCAAACUCAUCCAAUAACAACCAAAGUUCAAGCAACAACCAAUCCAGUUCAAAUUCUUCCAGUAAUCAGUCUCAGGGAUCGAACAAUAGCCAAAGUUCCAGCAGUAACCAAGGAUCAAGUAAUAAUCAAUCGUCAAGUUCCUCCAACAAUCAAUCUCAGGGUUCAAACAAUAACCAAGGUUCAAACAAUUCCAAUAACAAUCAAUCAUCAGGCUCGAGUUCAUCAAAUAAUCAAUCUGGAGGAUCGAACAAUAACCAGGGAUCCAACAAUAAUCAGUCAUCAAGCAGCAGUAACCAAUCUUCAAGUAGCAAUCAAUCAUCUAGCUCAAGUUCUAACAAUCAAGGAUCAAGCAACAGUCAAGGUUCAAACAGCUCUCAAGGAUCCAAUAACAAUCAGUCAUCCGGAUCGAGCUCAUCAAAUAAUCAAUCUGGAGGAUCAAGUUCUAACAAUCAAGGAUCAAGCAGCACUCAAGGUUCAAACAGCUCACAAGGAUCCAAUAACAACCAGUCAUCCGGAUCGAGCUCAUCAAAUAAUCAAUCUGGAGGAUCUAGUUCUAACAAUCAAGGAUCAAACAACAGUCAAUCAUCAAGCAGCUCUCAAGGAUCUAAUAACAAUCAAUCUUCAGGAUCUAGCUCUUCCAACAAUCAGUCUGGCGGAUCAAAUAACAAUAAUCAAGGAUCCAAUCAAUCAUCCAGCAGCAAUCAAUCAUCAAGCAGCAAUCAAUCAUCCAGCUCAAGUUCGAACACUCAAGGAUCAAAUAGUAAUCAAUCAUCCAGUUCGAAUAAUCAAUCAUCCAACAAUCAAUCUCAAAGUUCCAGUAACAACCAAGGAUCUGGAAGCAAUCAAUCAUCAAGUUCAUCAAGCAAUCAAUCUUCGGGAAGUAGUAAUAAUCAAUCCUCUUCAAAUACUGACAACCAAAACAAUCAAUCAAGUAGUAGCAGUCAACAACAACAGCCAGGAUCAUUGGGAUCUGGUGGAAAGUGCACUCAAGAAGGAUUUGUCGGCGAUGAAUCUGAUUGUUCAAAAUUCUAUCGAUGCGUUAGCAAUGGCAAAGAUGGUUUUGAAAAAUAUUCAUUUACUUGCGGUGGAGGCACAGUAUGGGAUGAAGCAGCAAAUGCUUGCAAUCACAAAUGGGCCGUAACGGGUAAAUGUGGUUCAGGUACCAGUCAAUCAACAAGUGGAAAUCAAUCAUCAAAUAACAACCAAAAUUCAAACAGUAAUCAAUCAUCAAAUAACAAUCAAAGUUCAAAUAAUACUCAAUCAUCGAGCAGUGGUCAAAGCUCUAAUAACAAUCAAUCUUCUUCAUCGAAUAACAAUAAUCAAAGUUCCAGCAAUCAAGGUUCAAGCAAUCAAGGUUCCAGCAAUCAAUCAUCAAACAAUCAAUCAUCAAACAAUAAUUCUUCAUCCAACAAUCAAGGCUCAAAUAACAAUCAAGGUUCUAGCAACACAGGAUCAUCGAGCAAUCAGUCAUCGUCGAGUACUAGCCAGUCUUCAAGUAACAAUCAAGGAUCAAGCAAUAACCAAUCAUCAAACAACAAUCAAGGAUCCUCUUCUUCAAACUCUAAUGCAUCCAAUAGCACUCAGGGAUCUAGCAGCAGCCAAGGAUCUGGAUCUGAAACAACUUCAGCACCAAUUGAAGCCCCACCAACAAGCAGCACAGUUGGACCACCAGCUGGUCAAAAUGGUGUAUGUAAACGAGAAGGUUUUAUGGGACAUGAAUCCAAUUGUGCUAAAUUCUACCGAUGCGUCAACAACGACAAAGGAGGUUAUCAACGGUAUGAGUUCGAUUGUGGCAAAGGAACUGUAUGGGAUGCUUCGAUUGAAAGUUGUAACUAUCCUUGGGCAGUAAAUGAUGAGAAAUGCGGUCAGGCUGCUCCAUCAAAGCCGGAAUCAGGAAAUCAAGUUUCUGAACAAUCGACAACAGUCAAACCUACAACAUCACGUCCAACUCAAACACAACAAACAACAACUUCUCAGAAGCCCACGACAGCCGAAGAAGAAUCAAAAGAUCCAUCAUCGCCAUCUUCUACCACACCCAAACCUACAACAAAUCCACCAAAUCAACAAACCACAACCACUAAGAAACCUAGUGAAGGUAAUAGUGGAACCAAUCAAUCGACAACUCAAAAGCCAUCAUCAACUGCAAUCUGUCAAAAAGAAGGCUUUACAGGCGAUCCAAAUGAUUGUUCCAAAUUUUAUAGAUGUGUAGAUAAUGGAAAAGGUGGAUAUAGCCAAUAUGAAUUUAAAUGCGGUGAUGGAACAGUUUGGGAUAAUGAUCUACAGACGUGUAACCACCAAAGCACUACAUGCGGAUCGGGAAGUUCUGGCCCUUCACAACAAUCAACGACAACGACUACGUCACCAACCAUGACUACAGACGGACCUUCAACACAACAGACGACAACACAACAACCAUCUACACAACAACCAUCAACACAACAACCAUCUACACAACAACCAACAACAGAACAACCUACAACAGAACAACCUACAACACAGCAACCAACAACAAAGCAACCUACAACACAACAACCAUCUACACAACAACCAUCUACACAACAACCAACUUCACAACCACCUUCUACACAACAAGCAACAACAGAACAACCUACAACACAACAACCAACAACACAGCAACCCUCAACUACUCAAACCGAAACCACCACAAUAACCUCACCAACAACAACCACAAAUCUACCAACAACUGAAUCAGAAAAAAAUCCAGAAGGUUCAAGUACAGAUCCACCAAGUUCAACAGAUUCUACUACACAACCUCAAACAACAUCAAAACCCACAUCCAGUGGACGUUGCCAAAAAGAAGGCUACAUGGGUGAUACAGAGAACUGUCAAAAAUUCUACAGAUGUGUUGAUAAUGGCAAAGGUGGCUUCCACAAAUACGAAUUUAUCUGUGGCAAUGGAACAGUUUGGGAUGAAGGUGUUCAAACAUGCAACUAUCCAGAAACUGUAGAAAAUCCAACCUGUAAAUCGAUGUCAACUUCUUCCAAACCACAAGACAGUACAACUAGUGGGUAUCAAACAACUGUUUCGACAGAACAAACAACUACAACACCACAAAAUCCUACUACAACAACUGAACAAUCAACUGCAACAACUGAAUAUACAACAACAACUAUGCCAACACAAACUACAACAACAGAUCAAACUACAACUUCGUCUCAAGAAACAACAACUUCAUACCCUACAACAACAACACAAGCUCAAGAAACUACGACCUCAGGUUACUCAACGACCACAGAAAUUUCCACAACAGACACAACAAUGUCACCAACUCCUGGAACUGAAGAAAAAGUUCCAAAUCUACCUCCUGGCACUGAAUGUACAGGUGAAGGCUUCAUGGCCGAUCCUAAUGACUGUAAAAAGUUCUACCGAUGUGUGAAGGAAGGUGAUAAGGGACUUGUUCGACAUGAAUUUAUGUGCGGAAAGGGAACAGGUUGGAGUGAAGACAAACAAACUUGUGACUUUAUGGAAAAUAUUGAAAGAUGUGCUGGACAAAUGAGUACAACAGAAUACCCAUCAACUGGCAGUUCUGAGUCUACGACAACUGAGUUGGGAACAACACCGACGACUACUUUGAAUCCUACUACCACGACAGAAGAACAAACUACACAAACAACUAAUACACCUACAACCACGACGGAAUACACUACGACACAAAAUUAUCCUACCACAACAACAACUUAUCCGACAACAACAACAACCGAACCCAAUGAAACAUCAACGACAACUUAUCCAACAUCUUCUGGAUCAGAAACAACAUCUCCCGGUUCGGAAACAACAACUUAUCCAACAUCUCCCGGUUCGGAAUCAACAACUUAUCCAACAUCUCCCAGCUCAGAAACAACAACGACCACUGCCAUGGAAACCACGACUUAUCCGUCUUCUGAAAUGACCACAACUUCACCGCCUAAUAUCAACUGCACAAAAGAAGGUUUCUUCCCUGAUCCGGAAGAUUGUUCCAGAUAUUACAGAUGUGUUGAUUCUGCACAAAAUGGAAAGUACACGAUAUAUAGUUUCCGCUGUCCAAAUGGAACUGUCUGGGAUACAUCAGUUGACACAUGCAAUUAUGCCAAUCAAGUAUCUGGACAGUGUUCAUCUGGAAGUACCUCAGAACCUGGUACAUCAGUAACAACUGAUCAGCCAGGAACUACGACUACCACAGUCAGUAGUGAACAAACUACAGAGAGUACGACUUUAUACCCAUCUACUAUGCCGCCAACACAAACAACUGAAGCACAAGAAAGUACAACAAUAGGAAAAGAAGAACCAACUAGCACUACAAAGAAACCAGACACUACAACAGAAAUUCCAACAACUGAAACAAGCACUACCAAUGCACCAUCAACUGAAAUCACAACCACUACUAACCAACCAGAAACGACUGCUACUAACCCACCAACAACUGAAACUACCCAAGUUCCAACGACUAAUGAACCACCAAUAACUGGUUCCACUGAAGAAGUUCCAACAACAACUAAACCACCUGCCCCCGCUAACAAUGGAAGUUCUCCAUGUCCAACAACAAGCAGCGAUCAAAAUUUGUUUGUUUGUCCAACUGGAUUUAGGAGACAUCCGAAAAGCUGUGAUAUGUUCUAUCAAUGUACGAACAAACCAGACAGCUACGAUUUUGGUGUAGUAGUUUUCAAAUGUCCAAAUGGAACUGUUUAUGAUGAAGGAAGAAAUCUUUGCGAUACGCCGUCGAAAAUGGAAGAACAGUGUCAAAGUUCGUCAACUAGAUCUUCAUUCUAUGAGGAUGAAAUCAAACGACGAAAUAUGGUCGAAGUGAAAUCAUCAAUACCCCUUUGUCCCGGCGAAGGACACUACGCCCUCAAUGAUGACAACUGCGGAUCGAUGUUCAUCAAAUGUGCCCGCUCUUUAGAAACAAACAGAAUGGAAGGACAGAUUUAUCGCUGUCCCGAAGGAUUCGCAUAUUGGUCCGUCAGUCGUCGAUGCGAACGCACGCAAAAAUUAAUUAAUUGCAAUCCGCCACGCUAUGACGUCAACAGUGCAAUUCCUGUCGAAUGGAUAAAUAUUGGUAACCGUCGACGAAGCCUUCGGAUAUAAGACUUAUCGUUUAUAGUUUGAUAAUAAUUAAGCUUAGGUAUACAACAACAACAAAACAUAUCUGCUACAAAUCUCCUCACGGAAUGUGUGCGCUCUGGUAUUUUAGUUGCUGCUGUCGUGAACGAGAGGAGAGAUUCACCCAGCCAAUACAAUUCUUAAUUAGGUGGAAUUUGCGAUGGCAGCAACUAAUUCGCAAUUUGUGCUUGCAUCUCCGUGUAUUACGAUUAAGCUUUAGAUAUGUAGAUAGAAACGCAUUUAACUCCCACUUAGAUUUUAGAGAUAAAUACUCGAAUAGCAGCUCUCUUGUGCUAUUCACGUAUAUAUGUAAUUUGAAUUUAUUGUGACCCAAAGGACCUGAUGUAGUCCUUGUGGACAGACACAAUAUUUAUAUCCUCCUUUUUGUAUUGUAUUCAAAAUAUGUAGACUGUAAGCAUAUAGGAAUUUUUUGGGGGUAACAUCAUGGUGAAGGAUUAUUAUCAUUUUGUCUGCAUUAUAAGGAGACAUUGUCAUUUAUUUAAAUACAUUAUUCAGAUUUGCAAAUAUAAGUAGACAAAAUAAAGUGUUCUUUUAAUAAAAAUUAGGCAAAUUUUCUUACACAAAUAAUUAAUAUGUGUAAUGGUUUAGGAGGUUUAAGUUUAAUUAAUUAAAUUAUAGUAUGUUAAUCAAAAGGGGAUUUAUUAAAAAUGGAGAAAGGAGUAUGUAUACGUAUGUGUGUAGAUAGGAACUUUUAUUGAUUAGAGAGAGAGUCCAUUUAUUUAAUUUUGGAAAUCUAAUAAUAAAAUAUGCGUGAGGAAAGUAUAAGACUUUUUUAAUUAAAAUAUGUUUCAAAACAUAUAAUUAGCUUUUUAAGAUUAUAUAAUAUUUAUUUUAAGUUUAUUAAAAAAACAAAAAUGCCAUAUGUACGUAUGAAUGCAAUAUGCCCAAUUAUAAGUUGCAAAUAAAGUUUAUUUAAAUAUAUGUAAAA